AUGAUGAAUCCUUACAUUAGCUGGGCUCUGCUACUCGUGGUGGCAGGUGGCCUGGGAUGGUAUUAUAAUGUCCCGAAUUCCAAAGCUAAGACCGCAGUCAAGCCGGCGGUAGAGAAGAUAGAAAGUGCGACUGGAGUGAAGAAGCCAAAGAAGAAGGCAAAAAAAUCCCCCGAGCCUACUUCAUCCACAACGACCAAGAAGGUCGAAGAGAAGCCCGCAUUCGAGUACAAAGCUACGGAGGGUGAUCAUGGGGAUGAAGAGAUUGACCAGAAGGAGAUGGCCAAGCGUUUUACCGCUGUGAAGAGUGGAAUCCCCGCCCAGGUGAGCGGCAGCGAGGGUAAAUCUCAAAAGAAGAAGAAGAAGACCACCAGCCAGCUCGAGGCUGAAGAGAAUACGCGCUCCGGAUCUCGCGUCUCGACUCGCACCUCCUCCACCGCUGGCGCCGACGCGGAUGAUGAUCUCUCCCCCGCGGGGUCCCCGCCUACCGCCUCCUCCGCUGGAUAUGUAUCGGACAUGCUCGAAGCUCCUGCUCCCGGCGCGUCUGUCCUCCGUGUCACCGGAUCCAUGGAAGCGCCCCAGAAGAAGCAGAAGGCUCAGUCUUUCAAGCAGGUUGAAACGAAGAAGCAACGCCAGCAACGGGCGAAGAACGAGGCUCGUAAGCAACAAGUUCAGGAAGCCGAGGCAGAAAGACGCAAGCUUCUCGAGAAACAACUACACAUGGCCCGGGAGGCUGAGCGCCGCGAAGCGGCCAAGUCCAAGCCCGUUGCGCCUCAGAGCAACGCCUGGCAGGCAAAGGAGGUGAACCCCACAUCCAACGGCACCCCGAAUGUGUCUCAGAGCCCCAGCGUGGAACUGCUGGACACUUUCGAAGCGCCGUCCUCUAAGCAGUCUCCUGCCACUGCCUCGAGCUCGAAGAAGUGGGACCAGGGCCUUCCCUCGGAAGAGGAGCAGAUGCGUAUUCUGGGUGCUGAUCCUAUUGAUGACUGGACCACUGUGUCCAGCAAGAAGCCUAAGAAGAAGGGCGGAAAGGCCGAUGAGAGCUUCAGCGAGGCCAGUGCGUCUGAGACCCAGGUGACACCUGCCGCUCCAGUGGCCGUUCCCGCUGCCCCCAAGGUCACUGUGACCCCCACUUAUAUACCCGAUAUUCUGCGCUCGAAGCAGAAGGGACACCCUCUCGACUCCGACUGGGCCGCUUAG